ACGCCUUCUCGGCUUCUCAUUGGCCAGUUGCGGCCUUUCGCUUCAGGCUCUCGCGGGGCUGCUGUGCGAAGAUGGCGGCCGAACUGGUAGAAGCGAUGAACAUGGUGAAGAGUUUCCGGGUGUCUGAUCUGCAGACGCUGCUUGCCUCGAUGGGCCGCAGUAAAAGCGGGUUGAAGCAGGAUUUAGUGGGAAGAGCUCUUCGGCUCGUCCAGACCGAAUACAGUCCGGAGCUGCUGAAGAACGUUCGACAGCUCUACGAGACACGCUUCCCCAAAGCCUCGGCCUGGCUGGCGGCCCGACGCCCUGAGUCCGUGCCCGUAAACUACCCUGCUCUUAACUCCUCGCCCAGAGGCACGACCCAGGGCACAGACUACCUCAACGGCAUCCCCAAAACGGCGCCGCCUCCUGCGGCUGAAGUCAAACUGGUGCCCCUGCCGUUCUACCACAACCUAGAAACGCUGCUGCCACCCACAGAACUAAUCGCUCAAAACAGUGAGAAGCUGCAAGAAAGUCAAUGCGUUUUUGAAUUAACACCAAGUCAAGUGGAACAGAUCCGGAACUCGAGUGAACUUCGCCCAGGGAUGAAAUCGGUUCAAGUGGUUCUCAGAAUCUGCUACACAGACUCUAUCGGUGUUCAGGAGGACCAGUAUCCUCCCAAUAUUGCUGUGAAAGUGAAUCAGUCCUACUGUCAUGUACCGGGUUACUAUCCCUCCAAUAAACCGGGUGUUGAGCCACGUCGGCCCUGUCGACCCGUCAACAUCACGCCAUGGUUACACCUCUCCACAGUCACUAACAGAGUCACCAUCACAUGGGGCAACUUUGGAAAGCGGUACUCAGUGGCAGUGUACCUGGUGAGGGUGUUCACAUCUGGAGAGCUCUUCAACCAGCUGAAGCAUUGCUCAGUUGAGAGUCCCGAUCGUUGUCGUGAACGCAUUCAGGACAAGCUGCGCUUUGAUCCUGAAAGUGAGAUCGCCACUACAGGACUGCGAGUGUCCCUCAUCUGUCCUCUGGUAAAGAUGAGACUUGGAGUGCCAUGUCGAGUGCUCACCUGCGCCCACCUGCAGUGUUUCGACGCUGUCUUUUUCCUGCAAAUGAAUGAAAAGAAACCCACAUGGACCUGCCCAGUAUGCGACAAACCCGCUCCCUUCGAGCUUCUAACUAUUGAUGGGUUACUCUCCGAGAUCCUUAAAGAGACGCCGGAAGAUGUGGAGGAGAUCGAGUAUUUGACUGACGGCUCAUGGAGGCCAAUCAGGGACGAAAAAGAGAAAGAAAGAGAGCGGGAAAACAGCCGCACGCCUGACUAUCCGGUGGUUGAUAUAUGUGUUCCUGAGGCAAACGGCCACUCCCCAGCGCACAGCGGCACAAACCAGACCGGGAAGUCUGGAUCGAGUGGUGCGUCGGCAGGAACCGGCGGCACCAGCGCCGGGCCGGGAGGCGGAGCCGUAGUGGAUCUGACUUUGGACGACUCGUCGGAUGAAGAAGGAGGGGGCGGAGCCGAGGACAGCGAGGACACGGAUGACAGCCAGGACAGCCCCGCCCCUAAACGGGGCAGAUAUGAUUAUGACAAAGACCUGGUCACCGCUUACUGAGACCGGCAGGACACUAAGACUUGUUGGGGGGGGUGUAGAUGGGAUCUGAGCCUUGGAAAUUCAAGAAACGUGUCCCCGUGUCCUCUCCCGAACGCAUUUACACACUCAUGCACGCACACAGACAUGCACACUCAUGCGCUGCUGACCUCUGGAGCAGUCGGGCAUCACGUUGACCAACUUGUAGAUGCCCCGCAAAGCCAUUCCCAAUCAUUCAUUGCAUCUUAAUACUGUAUUCUCCCUUUAAAGACCAUGGAAGAGUAACACCACCUUCAGUUCUACUCUUAUCGUCCUCGACUUCCUCUCCACUUUGUGUUCUGACAGGGGCGUUUAAGAUCUUGCCAGUUUUAGUUUGAUACGAAGCUGUUCAGGCCUUCAAAACAUUGUGAGACAAGCUACAGUAUCUCCAAAACGUUCAUUCCUUCGGGUCGAGAACAUACAACCAGGCGUUUUCUGUUAGUCCUCCACAUAAGAUGUUUGUUAGCUGUUUGUUUUAAUGUGAUUUGGAGACAAUACUGAAAGAUUUCCAUAUUUCUCUCUCAUAUACACACUUUUUGGGUUUUUUUUGACUUUGUCCACAAGUUGACAAGCUACCUCAGUCUAACAGUUGAACUUGACCAGAGGGUUAAUGAAUUUUUUUUUUUUUUUUUUUUUUUUUUUUUUUUAAAGUUUUGUUUUCAAUCCCUUUUGUUUUUUCAUAUGCAGCAACACUGGAGAGGCAUCAUGCAUUGCUCAUUAUUUUGUGCUUGCCCAUGUAGGCAUCCUAUUAAAAGUGAUUCUGACUCGAGCAACGAGUUUCCGGUCAAGUCUGUCGUCAACUAGUGUGUAGUGACUGAAUGUAGUGCGCAAAACGACAUUUAGUUCAGAAAGAAUGACGUUUCGACAUCAACUUUUUGGUAUGCUUGUCAGCAAGUAAAUAUUGUAUGAUAGCUAACAAUGAUGAUGUAUUAUUUCUGAUCAUUUAAUAGGAAAUUGCAGGUCUCCGUGUCAUUUAUUGCUUUCUUUUAGUCGUUUCGGUUUGUAUAUGGCUGCUGAAGUUAUGACUACACAAAGGUAGAACGAUAUAUAUCAGGUUGAAGAGAGGACAAAGAGUGGUUUUAGUUUUCUUUUAGACACAACUGUAGUAAAUUAUUAGGUUUGUCUAGUAGGGGAGCUGAUGUUAUUGGCAAAAUACCUAAAAUUAUUUUUUUUUUUUUUCAGUUUGGACGAAUGGCUGAUUUGUUUGAGCCCACUGUAUGGAGGUUUUUUUCUUGUGUGUGUUCAUUUCAGCCAGUUGAGGUGGUGCUGACUUCAGCGACAGGCGUGUAUCUUUAAAUAUGUUCCUCAAUUUGUUGAGUAUUUAUUGAUUUAACAGUUUCUGCCUCUUUUAUUUGAAUUAAGUUUGUGCAUUUUAUGAGGCAUUUCGCAGCAAUUUCAUGAGUUUCCAGCAUGUUGCUUUGUGAUGGUAGAUAACGCUGCGUCCUCUCACGGCCUGCUGUUGUUACGCGCACAUUCAGCCAUUUGCAACAGUCCGAACGUAACGGGGCUUAGUCAGGACUAUGCAGACUUGACCUAGACCUCGGAAGAAUUAAACUCCCGCUAAACGACCAAACACAAAUGGCACAUCCAGACGGCUGAUCUGUUGAGGAGGACUCAGGGAUGACGUGUUCUACUUGUCUUUACAUUUUCUUCUCAGUCGAACUUGACACUCGAACCAGGUUUUCCAGCAUUGUGUACAAUAUUACCUUCACCAUCAGGUCACGUAAGGCAGUCUGGGUUUCUGAUCUGGAAAUUAAGAUGUACUUUAAAGGCAUAUGGAUAUUGCUGUAUAGCAUAUUUUGUUGUCCUCCAAGGUUUCAGAGAAAAAUCACUGUAUUAAGCUCACUAGUUGUAGUUUUAAAGUUUAUUUUUCUUUUUCAACUAAUCCUGAAUUCUGACUUGAAUACUCAGUACUGUAUCCUAUCUGUGUUUGGGAAUUUCUCAACAUAAGAAUAUUGCCAUGAAGGGUUAAAUUACUUGUUUGUCUUUGAGUCGGCAUGGUCUUCCAUCUUCAUGAUAGCCCAAUUUUUCCCCCCCCUUUAUAUUUUUAAAGAGCUUCACAUAAUAAGCCCGUAAUGUAGUAUGUUCCCCUAAAUUUGACCACUUUUUCACAUUUAAGGUAAGGAACUUCUUAAAUAGACUUCCAUCUUUAGAUACCUAGAAUGAUCUAUUAGAUGUGGAUAAAAUGUACAUUUGCUUACAGUGAAAAGUUGGUGAUUGAUUGAUUGAUUGACAAUAUAUUUCCAGCUCAGAGGUGAAGACGGCCUCUGUGUAGCCAGGUGAGGUUGAAGUGUUUUUUUUUGGGAAUGGAGGCAUCCCCUCUUAUUACAGUGCUUAAGACAGCAUGGGCAGUGGCUUGCAGUUCUUGAUGUAAAUGUUUUGUUUGUGUCUUUUAUAUGUUCAUAUUAAAAGCCAAUAAAAAAUAAUAAUAUUUUA